AUGAGCUAUUUUGAACAGCGAUCUUCAGCGAAACGAGCGCAUGACGACUAUUCCGAUGGAUCUGACGAGUCUCCAAAACGCUGGAAACAAUAUUCUUAUCCUCAGGGAAUAGAAAAACAGAACGCCGUCAUCAGAAUUGAGCACCCAAUUCCAGAAAAUUGCGCAGGAUUAGUAAUUGGCCGAAAUGGAACCGAAAUUAUGUCAAUCUCUCAAAUAUCGCAAUGCCAAUUACAAGUUAUAGUCGACUUGCCGAUUAAUGGCUACAGAAUGGUGGAAAUUGUGGGAACUCCAGAAAAUGUCGAAUGCGCGAAGAAAUGUAUCGAUGAAACGAUUUCUCGCGCCGCAGUUAAUCGUUAUUCAACUGAUUCGUCCCAUUCAAAUAUAUCUAAUUACAAAAUUACAAUUCCGAUUCCAGCAAAUAAAUGUGGACUUGUCAUUGGUAAAGGAGGAGAAACAAUGCGAAACCUUCGGGCUUUGUCCAAUUGCUUCAUGUUGCUAUCGCAAGAUCACAACUUGGCGAACAAUACAAAGUCGCUGAUGAUCACUGGUGACCAAAAAGCUGUAGAAUACGCUAAAAAAUUGGUUGCCGAUGUUAUUGCAAAUGAAUACGAUUCACCUGCGACGAUGGUUGGAAAUGGUUCUUUGGCGACUAUGUCUUUGCUAGUGAAAGUUCCACGUAGUAGUGUUGGAAAGAUUAUUGGAGUUAAGGGACAGUCUAUUAAGAAAAUAAUGGAUGAGACUAAAACUAAGAUUCAAUUCAUGCCUGAUGAUGAUCCGAGUCUAAUGGAACGAUCGUUAAUGCUCAUGGGAAAGACAAGUUCUGUAACAGUUGCUGCUCAUCUUUUAAAAGAAAUUGUUGAUUCUACCAACCCACUAAAGAACACAUCGGUUGCGGUAUUCUACAUGUCUAUUCCCACCUCAAAAGUUGGAUUAGUAAUCGGACGAGGCGGAGAAGUCAUCAAACAGAUCAACGCAGAGAGUGGUGCUCAUUGUGAGCUCUCACGAGAAACGGGAAAAGAUCCACAUGAGAAAACUUUUGUUAUUCGAGGAUCAGAUGUUCAGGUGGAACAUGCGAAACACUUGAUUUGUAUGAAAGUGGGAGAUAUUCCUCCGAAUACACCGUUUGUUCCACGGACCGCUCAGCAACCACAGGUUCAGAUGCAGCAACCGUAUCCAUUGCAACAUCAGUAUCAGUAUCCUAUGCAAUACCAACAACCGAUGUCAAUUCGGUCAGAUCUGCCUCAAUAUUUACAACCACAUUUUCCACCCGUUUGCACCCAACAGAACUAUUCAACACUCUAUAACCAACCGAGCGCUUUAUGGCAUUCUCAAAUGUAG